CCCUCUCCUCCGCUAAACCCUUGCCGACUGUCGACUGUCUGUCUACCCCUUCCUCUUUCACAUUCUAUGAACAUCGCGUAAAUCCGUCUUCCAAUUGAAUUUUCAAAACGGAGGAAAAACGGUAUUUCAUAACCGCUACCAAACAGCCCGGCAGAGAGAACCAAUGAACUUUGCCUCACAGAGCGGCACUUCUUCUACGCAAACGCCUCGGCAGACGCCGCACGUUUCUCAGCAGUGGGCUGAUGCUCUACAUGCCAUUACCACACUCUCUCAGACUCCGCCUAUUGCCGUUAUCUGUGGCCCUAAGAACAGCGGCAAGUCGACCUUCUCGCGUCUUCUAAUAAACUGUCUCUUGGAGAGGUAUGAUAGACUUGGUUACUUGGAUACUGAUGUGGGACAGCCGGAGUUCUUUCUGCCAGGUUGCUUAUCCCUUCAUAUUGUGGACGAAUGUCUAGUUGAUUUGAUGAGCACAUCUAUUAGAGAACCUGAGAGGUGCUUCUUCUUUGGUGAUAUUUCUUCAAAAAGAGACCCGGAAGUUUAUAUAAAUCACAUAUUCCGACUAUAUGACUACUUCCUUGAGAAUUUUCAUCAGUCAAAUCACCAUGAUAGUGGUAGAAAUUCUUUGGUACCUCUGAUUAUUAACACUGCUGGGUGGGUGAAAGGUACUGGAUUUGAUGUUUUGGUGGAACUCUUGAGAUAUGUUUCUCCCACUUAUGUUGUUCAAAUACGUAUAUCAGCUGAAAGUAAGAAUCUUCCAACUGGUGCAUUUUGGUCGAGUGAUGAGAAAAAUGGGCCUUCAGAAUUAAUUGAAGUACCCGCAGUAUUCACUGAUAUGUUGAUUCGAUCGGUGUUAAUGAGAAAAAAUGCACAUAGCAUGCGAGACCUUCGACUUUCUGAAUAUUUCAAGCAGUGCUGUCCAAGCAGUCUGAACAUCUGCACCAACAAGGAGCUUGCCCGUGCAUUGGCUUCUAUUCCUCCUUAUCAAGUGCACUUUUCUCAAGUAAAAGUUAUGCAUCUUCAUUGUCAGGUUCCAAAACAUGAGGUUUUCCACAGUUUAAAUGCUACUAUAGUUGGCUUAGCGGCUAGUUCAUCCUCAAUUGGGUCCACACCUUGCUGUGUUGGACUUGGCAUUGUAAGAAGUAUAGAUGCCAAGAAAGGGGUGCUUUAUGUGAUUACGCCGGUUUCAUUAUGCAAGCUGGAGGAGGUUGAUAUUCUUUUUCAAGGUUUUAUUGAAAUACCAACCAGUCUAUUGCAGUUGCGAGGAUGUGUUUCACCUUACAUGUCUGCGAAUGUAUUGCACAAACUUCCAGCUAAAGAUAUGUAGAGAGAGAUCAUCAGUUCCCUGCCAUUUGGUGAGAAUACUGCUUUUUUUUAUUACUAUUUUCAUUCCAAGUUGUAAGCUUAGUUUUUUAUUUCUGCAAUAAGUUAAUGUAAUGUAAAAUUAUUAUUAUUUGGCUGUUAGACACCUAAGUUUCUUUGGUGGCCUCAUUUAAAA